UAUCAGUAAGAUAUGACGCCGCUUUUGGUAGUCGAUAUCCAAUGAUGACGAACAAAAUUAUAGACGAGGCUUAUGCGUUCAUGCAAAAGCAUAAUUGAUUCUGCAUGCGUAUGAACAAAAGUCAUCGCGACAGGACUCCGAAAUAUUAUGCAUUGACACGAUUACAUUGUAUGAGAUAUCAAAUUAGGCUGUUGUGUUCGCUACAAAUAUAUGGAGAGAAAUCUUGUUCUUGGACACUACGAUGCGUCUUUUUUAUACAACUUCAUGUUUAUUAGUCACAAUUGAUGAAGUUCAUGUGUAAGGUUCGAUGCUCACAAUGGAGAAGUUUGUCAAACCAUGGCGGAAUCGAACAAAGAUUGUCUCAAACGCUGGUACAGCACUAUGGACGCCUAAGGGUAGUUGUUGCUGGUUAUCGGCGGCUGGUCAGUCAGUUGUUCUCACAGAAACCACUAUAUCAGUAUUAUCUGGACCUGAGCGCCGUGCUUUGCAACGUUUAGCUUUACAUAAACUGCAGGCGUUGAGUAUACAAUGUACAAUACCUUCCAACAAAGGUGAAGGGAAAAAUUUUGGCAAGAGAUUAAAGAGGUCACUUAAAGGACGCAAACGAUCAAUUACCGAGAAUGGAUUGUUAUUUAAUGGAGGUAAAGGUAAAACGGCGAUUUUUGGAACCCCCCUUGAUGUUGUCAUAAAAAAUGAUCACAUAUCACAAACCGGCGUCAAACCCAAUCCACGGCGAACGAGAAGAAAAAGUGAGCCUAGUGGUAUUUCUCAAGAAGUAAAAGAAAAACUAUCGAGAAGACGACGUGCAUCAUCCAACACACCGCCUGCAACAGCAACCCUUAAACGACAAUUGAAGCAAAAUAUGUACAAUAAUACCCCGAAGAAAGAAUCGUCCACGACUUCAGUUCUGAGAUUGGCAAGCUCAUCUAGUGAUUUAAAUAAGCCCAAGAGACAUAGCGAUGGUGAAUCCGCGUCAAACAUCUAUUCCGAGCAAGCAUCUUCUGGUUGGAAAUCUUCUCGACUGAUCGAUGCUUUGACAUUGUCGUCAACGUCAGCGUCUGCAUCUUGCUUGCUAAAAAAACCAGAGCUUCCAAUACCAUCUCCACCCAAAGUUCCAUCUAUUGUCUUACAGUCAGUCGACUUUCUUCAAACACAUGGUUUACAUGUCCUGGGAAUUUUCAGAGUUCCCGGUUCAAAGAAAAGACUAAAGCAGUUCCGUGAAGAGUUCGAUAAUGGCUUUCGGGAAAAUUUUUCUGACGAAGAUAAUGCACAUGACGUGGCUGCAUUGUUUAAGGAAUUUUUUCGUUAUUUACCAGAACCUUUGAUGACGAGAGAGUUAUAUUCAGCCUUUUUGUCCACUCAAAGAUUCAAAGACACAAAAACACAGUUAGAAGGACUGAAGUACUUAUGGUACCUUCUUCCUGACUCAAACCGCGACACACUACAUUGUUUACUGUGUUUUCUAAGGAAAGUCGCGUCAUAUGCCGAAGAUACAAAGGAUGAAAACGACCAAAUUAUUCCUGGCAAUAAGAUGAACUGCAGAAACCUCGCUACGUUAAUGGGUCCAAAUAUACUACAUAAGGUAAAGAGUCCUCACUUGCAAAACUUUGUCGUGGAGGACCAACAACGAGCCGAAGAACUCGAUGAAGUGAUUGACGUUACCGAAGACUUGAUUUAUCAUCAUGAAAGCUUUUCCGCGGUAUGUUAAAGCACAUCAUAAAUCAAACUCAA